AAUUCAAUUAGGCGUAGACGCCCUUCGUCUUCCACUGCCGUCGGACGCUUGUCUUCCUCGAGCUUGUCGAUGGAGGCGUAAGCGCAAUUGAUGCGAUGAAUCGAGAUUUUUGAACGGAGGAAAUGUGCGUAUUUCGGAGAAGUGAUGUAUGGAUAGAUAGCUUUUCCCGGAGUAUUUUUGCUUGCUUUAUGGAGAUUUCGAUGGGACUAUGAUCUGUUGCAUCGAAGGUGCAAUAUCGGUAGCUUGUUAACAAUAUUCUGAGUACCCUAUGCUGCUGGAUUAGUUAAUUACUUUGAAAUGCUUUCGUGGUGGGAGUCCUUGCGUUGUGUUGCCCCUCGACGCCUCCGGAGAUAUGGAAAUAUUUUGAGUAAUUAUUUGAAUGGCAUGAGACUCAAUGGAAAGGUAACAUCAAAGUUGUCGAAAGAGGAAACUGAGAGUGAGUCAUUGCGUAGACUUGAAGAAGUUGAGAAGAUCAUAGGGUACAGUUUCAAUAACCGUAGCUUACUGCAUCAGGCCUUUACACAUCCAUCAUAUCAUAGGGAUUGUGUAUCGUAUGAACGGCUUGAGUAUGUAGGUGACUCGGUGCUUAAUCUUUUAAUCGCAAAAGAACAGUUCUUUAUGUACCCAGAUCUUCCACCAGGGUCACUGGCUCCACUUCGUGCUGCCAAUGUGGACACAGAAAAGCUUGCACGUGCGGCUAUAAAGCAUAACUUCCACAAAUAUAUUCGCUAUGGCAAUUCAAUCAUUAGGAGAAAGAUUCAGGCGUUUAUUCUUGCUGUACCUAAAUACCCUCUACAUUCGCAUGGUCUGAUUAAUGUUCCAAAGGUGCUUGCUGAUGUUGUUGAAUCAACACUCGGAGCUGUUUUCAUCGACAGCAAUUGCUCAAUGGAUACAACCUGGGAGGUAGCGAGUGAUCUCUUAAAACCCAUAAUUACUCCGGAAGUGCUGCAAAUGAAUCCUGUGAGGAAGCUGUUUGAGAUAUGCCAGAAAUAUAAGCUCAAAGUUAAGUUGGUGGAUGAAUGGUCAUCACAAGGUACGUACAAAGUAUACGUGAAUAAUAAGCUAAGGGGUAAAGGUGUAUGCUGGGAGAAGAAGGAAGUUGCUUUGAAUAGGGCAGCAAAUGAUGCGUAUAAACAAGUUGCAAGUAGGUCGAAUAAAUAUAAAACUCAACAUCUUGAAUGAAGGUCACUAAUAUUAUUGUUAAUACCCAUUUAAGUUUUCUAUCUGAUCUGAUGGACACUUACUCAAAUUACUUUUCUUAUCUAAGCUAUUUCAAGAGUCCAA